AUGAGGAAAAACGGACAAGUAGACGCGUCCUUCUCCGUGCGUAAAUGGAGCUAUGGCGGAAUGUGUGGAUCAUGCCUCGGCGUAGCGAAAUGGAUGGCUGGGGAGAGAGAGGAGCUGAGUGGAAUGGAGGGGAGACCGGUCGGGGGAAGAGAGGAUAUAGGCGUGGGGGGGAAAGGAGCAUCUCUCUGCGGGGACUGGGAGCUGAGGACGGACGCAGUGCUGGCUAUCGUUCAACCCUCCCUUCUCCUUCCUACAUCCACCGCGGCAGGCACGACGCUUGCUUGGAGAGUCGAGAGAACGCGCAAAAGCCCCACUACCGGUGUUCAACACAACACAAAAGAAAGACGAAAACACGAGAAAAUUGGAAUCGUGAGUGGCGCAUUUGGCCGCAGUGCUCCCAUCCUCCUCCAUCUCACUCCUCCGUCGGAGCUAAAGCAGAUCCCCCCGUCCUUGCCGCGCCGUGGUCAGCUGGUCGCCUACAGCUGCCUGUCUGUCCCACGUCCAUUCGCUUCCUCCUUCUGUGGAUCCUCCCUCCGCUACAGCUACUGCCGCUCCGUAAAGACCUCCAUUUGCAGCGAAGCCCGGGCGAGAAAAUGGUCGCUGUGCGUGCGCUCCUUCCGCGAUGCUUGUAUUGAGCAAUAA